AGCACUCGACGUAAACACAUUUGGUAAACCCCCCUCGAUACAGCCGGCCGGCCGGCGACUAAUUCCAGACAGAAAAUGGCCUCGCACGUCUUUCUUACUAUUUUCGUUCAUGUCUUUGCGGCAUUUUCCCUCGUCUUUUGCCCGUUGAUUCUGUCAUUAGGCUGGCUGUUGCCUGUGGAAUGGUGUUUUUGGAUUGCCGUCACUCUGUUGUCGGCAUCGGUUUCCGCUCUGUGGAUGUAUCGUCUGCAGCAACCGAACGACAGUCAACUCGACGCCUUCUUUGGAGAUAGCUGGCCCAACCGCGCCGUUUGCCAUAGAGGCGCUGCAGGAGAUGCACCCGAAAACACUCUGGUUGCCUUCAGAGAGGCUCGCAAGAACGGCGCAACGUUUGUGGAGUUUGACGUGGCUCUGACAAAGGACAAAGCACCAGUCAUAUUUCACGAUGACACAGUGGACCGCACCACUGAUGCAACAGGGGCACUCAAGGACCUGACACUGGAUGAGGUGUUGAAGCUGAAUGCUGCAGCCAAAGACCCUCUCAGGGAUAAAUUUCCGCAUGCCAGUAUCCCAACCCUUGAAGAGGCCACUGUAGAGUGUCUGGGCCUUGGAAUGAACAUCUUCUUUGAUGUCAAGGAUUGGUCCACAGAGAUGGUGAAUGCCCUAACUGCGCUGUUCCAGCGGCAUACUGAACUGUAUCAGAAAGGAAUGGUCUGCUCAUUCUUCCCCAUGCUGUCAUACAAGAUUCGUCGGCAGGACCCAGCUAUCUUGACGGCCCUCACUACCUGCACUACCACGGUACAGUAUGGGUUUGGUUGUGACGUGACCGGCCCAAUCUGGAAACGCUACCCAUGCAUCUUAGCUGAUUACCUACUGGUCUGGUGCCAGUCUGCUUGGCUGUGGAUUCUAUGUGGGAACGCGGCCACACUGCUUGACAAGAAGAUAGUAACAGAAGGUACUGUGGACUAUUGGGCUCAGCGGGGCAUUAAAACUGUGGUAUGGACUGUGAAUGAUAACACAGAGAAGGAGUACUUCCACAAAUGCCUCAAGUGUGGUAUUAUCACAGACAACGUGAAGUCGUCUUAACUUUUUCGUACCAAAGAGGAAUGAUUUUUAAGCAAUUGCAGUUUGAUUGAAUUUGUCUUACUAAUAUGAGAUUAAAUUAAUCCUUUUGAACAUUUUGUGAUUUGACGUUUCCCGAAUCUUCCAAAAUCCAACAUCGGUGUUGGAAAUCCAUUGGAAUAUUCUUUGUAGUAAAACUAAACUUCAAAGGGUAUCCAACCAAAUGUGGGGUUAAUACUGGUCUCUACCGCCCUGCUCCUUUUAUGCUGUAAAGUUGCCAAAAACUAUCUGAUGGAUUCUGAAUAAUCUAGGAAGAUUGAGGUUUCAUAAAUGCACAAAAAGUUUAUUACUAAAUAUUAUUUAUUUAAUUCUUGCAACUGAAAAUAUGUUAUCAAAUAUAAUACACUUAAAUAUAUUAAUAGAUUAUUAAACAUUUCACAAAUUCUUCAUAACAUUUAUCAAACGAAUUUAAUAUGCUGCAGCAAAAUUACUUGAAUGCCAUUUUUGGCUUAAUAUAAUCGAUCAAUCCAUUGUGUUUUUAGUUACAUAUAAUGGAUGAUGACUGUAAAACAAAACAAAACUAAACAAUUGAACUAUCAAAAAAAUGCAAUAAUAAACCCUCCAUAAACCUGUGUCAUCUUUAAGUUUACAGGUUUUGUGGAAAAAAAAUCAUCAAUUUCUAUUAAAAAUACUGCCAUUGAUUGACACGAGAAUUGAAAAAUGAAAAUUCCCGAUUGUCCUUGGCCAAAAGAACCAAGCGAUACAGAAAAAAAGUAAAUGUGAACUGGACACUAAACGUACAUUUAAAUAAUUGAAUCAAAAUAAAUAAGCGCAUAUUUUCAAACGGGCGAUUUCAGUGAGAAGUAAAUAAAUGUUUACUGAAUCAAAUUGUUUCAUUAGAAAGAUUCCUUAAUGAACAGACAAUCUUUGACUAUGACGUUGACUCUUGGUUGACUUUUUAAAAUAUUUUAACCAAUAAUUCACAAUAUACUUGAACUGAAUGGUAGCAAAACUAAACGCCACAACAAAAAACUGAUGUGUUUUAAAUAAAUUCCAGUUGUUCGUGAUGCAACAGGUAGUUAGUGAUUUUUUUUUCAGGUAACAUGCCAGGAAUCUCAAUAAAAAAAUGUCUAAUCCAAAUUUCAAUGCAAAGAUUUUAUUGAAAUGUUUAAGAGAUUAUUAAAAUGUAUACUUUGUUGGGUAUUGUAAAAAAAAAAAUGAAAU